AGUUGUUAUCGCCAACAUUUAGGUCUAUCGUAUUUCAAUUCGAUUGUUAGAGCUGUUUUAAUUUUAUCUUCCACAAGAUGCCACACUCGUAUGGUAAGCGCGCUAGAACCCGCGAUAAGUUCGCAAAGCCCUUCCGUCGCCAUGGUAUGCCUUCCGUUGGCAGAUACCUACAGAAUUACAAGGUCGGCGAUUACGUUGAUAUAAUUUGUGACUCCUCUGUUCAUAAGGGUAUGCCAUACUCCUUCUACCAUGGUAGAACAGGGGUUGUCUACAAUGUCGCCCCAAGGGCUCUAGGAAUUAUGGUUAAGAAGGUUGUUCGUGGAAAGGAGCUCUUGAAGAGGAUAAACGUUCACAUUGAGCACGUAAGGAAGAGUAGGUGUAGGGAGGAGUUCCUCAAGAGAGUUGCUACCAAUGAUGCUUUACGUAGGGAGGCUAAAUUAGAGGGGAAGAAACUAAAGCUCAAGAGAGAGCCAAAGCCGGUUGCUCCUGGAUACCUUGUAACCCUAGAGCCAGAAUCUAUAAUUACCAUGGACCCAGUUCCAUUCGUGGAAAAGUAUUAAGCUUUUAGACGUUUCAU